AUAUUGACGAUAUGGCAGACUUACUUGCAGAAAAGGUGACACUAAUAUCAUCCGUGUGUUUUCCUUUUUUUGUACCUUGUACAAAAGGAUCUAAUUUACGUUCUUUUGUUACUACUGCUGAACCUUCAGCAAUUUCUGAGGAUGCAUCAGGCGACGGUGAUUUCUUGCGUUUACGUACGUUUUUACCAAGUUUACUUGAAGAAAAUGAAGACAAUACAUUUGAAGAACUUAUUGAUUUAACUGAACCUACCUCUUUAAACUCAAUAUUUCAAAAUCCAAUUGAAUCUGAAACACUUAUGAAAAUAACAAACCAUCCUCCAAAGCAAUUAAAAAA